AGAUCGUGUGCACUGAGGUGAUCGUGAACACUCAGUGAAAUCAACAUCGCGGUCAUCUGGGAAAGGUAAGCUUAAGCUUGUUAUAAUUACUUUUAUUAAUAGGCAUUUUCUUGUAAAAAAAAAAAAAAGGUUGUUGCUAGUGGAAAAAUUGUUAUUUUUGUUUGAUGCUCGCAAGACAAGUUUUAUCACUACAUUAUUUUAUGCACUGCUGUAGUGUGCCGCCAAAUUAUGGUCGCAAAGACCAUUUGAUAUCUCUUUUAGUCAAAUCGUGGAAUCGUAGUGAAAUGUAAGGCAAAAAAAAAAACAAGAGGAGAUGAACUAACUGCAGGGAUCACUUGUGUUAUUUGAGGUUGAAUCAGAAAUAUUAAAAUCACCCGUUACGUAAAAAGGUGUUAAGUGCAUGAUAUUGUUUUCAGUUUUGUAGACCAGUUACUAAGAUUCUGAAGAUGUCACCACCAGUGAUAAUGCAAGAUUAAAGUUAUCCUCCUGAAAGUAAGUUUACAUUCUCUGUGAUCUCUGCUGUAAGUGUGUUUUGAUGUAGAUAUGAUAUAUCUCUGAACCAGAUAAUUAUUUUGGGCAGUUUCCCCUUGGGGCAGGGGGGGGGGUACUCCCUAUAAUGGCCUAUAGGAGGAGGUUGUGCUCAAUACCCUAUAGGCGUGCGAGCUACCCCGUAGCUUGCUGCAGUUGUCAAAAUGUGAUUGGCGGCCGUAAUAGACAGCAUGCAAGGCAGCAGGGGUAAACAAUGAUUGAUGGGUAACCAGACGCAAUUUUCUUUAAUGUAGAGUAUUAUAGUGUCAACAUGGUUUUCGCAUGUUAGAUUUUCAUCAAUAAGCAUGCUAAGAGGCUUAGAGGAAUGAGCAGGCGGUGUGCGUCAUGAGAUUCGACCAAUCAGAAUGCGUCAUUUGUAGAGUGAUUUUCGCGCUCGGAAAGAGCUGUUUGCAGAGGUAUACGUGGUGAAAUUUUCGCUUUAUUCCAAGCUUGUGUUGGUAAUUUCGACACUAUACCGCCGUGGAAAGUUGUUGGAACACUUUAUCUUGAUAGCAGUUGCGUUACUUUUAAAUAUUUUGCUUUCUUGAGCGUUUGUGACGAGUUUGAAUUGCUCGGUCAUGUGCGGGCCGCCAUGAGGAUUUGAAUGUUGUUUUUGCCGUUCUUCUUGGAUUUAUUACUGGUUACUGUUAGCGGUUUUAUCGAAUUAUUUUGGCCAUCUUGUUACUUCAACCCUUCUUCUUUGCAAUUUUGGGGUCUACCGGGUCUACCCCUGUUAGUUUUCCAGUUAUGAGCCGUUGAAAGUGUCUUGGAAUUAAGACAUCGUCUCAGCCAAGUGGCACAACUCCCGGGAAACGGGCUGAGAAAACAUGCCGAAGCGGAAGCCGACGUGAAGCGGUAACACCAAAUCCAGGAAGACUUUGUUCUAUUUUAAACCACAAAAGGUAAAUAAGUUUGAAUAUUGUAAUAACCUUUGGAAACAAGACAUUUUUCAUAACCCAGUCACGGAAACUGAAAGCGUGACUUUAAAAUAAUUUGCAUGCGGUGUGUGCUAUCUUUGUGUAAACUUUAAUACGUGAGGGAAUGAAUUGUUAUAAAUCGCUACCAAAACACAACACCAUUAUCGAAGAUCCAGACAACAUACAGGAUUUUAAAACUGUGAGGAUAGGUUUUACUUUAUAACAAAAUCAAUAUACUGCGCUCACUUCAAUGACCGCUGAACAAGAUCGUGGUUUAUUUCACUGUUUAUUUCUGCGGCUGUAGCUUCGGUGAAAUUCGAUUGUGCUGCAGCUGUUCGGCUCUUUUCGGUCCGUUUUCCCCUUGCCUGAUUGAAGAUUUAUUUGCUCAUAAGGAUUUCAAGCGGGCACUGUUUUCAAAAUAAUAUAAACUUGUCGAUGAAAAUAAAAUUGUUAUGAGAGACAAUUUCUCACCUUGCUGUUUGCACGCUCCCCCUGCUUUAUGGGGUAAGAAAGUCCAUCAAAUAUAUAAACACUUCUAAUGAAUGAAUUUUUUUUUUAGUUAAGCAAAUCCAGGUAUGAACUACAUAUCUCUUUAACUGUGAGAUAAAAACAUACAUAUAAACCAAACAGUACAUAAAAUCUUAUGAGAAGCAGGAAAUUAGUAGUCAUUAAAGUCAGCUAGAUCGCACGAUCGUCUCCGAAUCGCGAUAAACUUCUUGAAAUUGUCUUGUGAAGCCAAUAGCAAGCAUCUAAGGCCACUAUGAGAUCUUGAAAUUUCUCGAAAUCGCUCUCUUGCGUAAUGUUUUUCGGAAAAGGCAGCAGUGUUUUGAUCCCUGGGUUUGAUUCAUUUCUCUUACGAGAUGCGAACUCGUCCGUGUCACGAUUGAAAUGAGGCACAGUAACAGUUUUACCCAUGAACCUUUGUGGGUCGUGACGCACACCGCCUGAGGAAUGAGAAUGUUUGAUCAGAACAUUAUUUAUAUUUAAGGAAGGCAGAGAAGUUAGAUUAUUAAGCUUUUGCCUUGAGCUUUUUAAUUUGAAUUCAGUUUUAGUCAUAUGUAACAUUAAUUUAUUUGCCAUAAGCCAGCGAUUAUAGACUGUUCACAGUCCUCUAUUUUUCUGUAAGAUCGUCGCGAGCGCUUUGCGUUACGGGAUGCCAUCUUAGAUGAGUGUCAAAACUACUUAGGGGGCGGGGGCGGUUUGGGAGGAAGCGAGAACAAUAGAGGGAAUGUAAUAACAUCACUGCAGCUCGCGUUCAGGAGGCGUGACAGGAAUUUCACGCCUUUUACCAUUCAUUAAUUAAGAAACUCCGCCAGUGAUGAAAAACAUGCCAGACACAUUUAGCAUCGAUUACGCGUGAUUACAAAUAUCUCCUUGGGAAACAGUGAUUUUAUAAUGUUUCUAGGCCCAUUCCUCGAAAUAAAAUCGGCAAACACAUACAAGAAAACCUUUUUCUAAUCAAAAUACCAAAACUCCUUCGUGCUUUUGCGCAAGAUGUGCCUUGUGGUAUGAAAGCGUACGUUUUAUGGAAAUAUCGACUUGUCAAUGACUUUUCAGUGUUGGCGACUUAAACUAAACCCGCUGUCAACGCAAAUAAACAUCUGUUGUCUAAUGACCAAUCAAAGGCCUGCGUUGCUGGUACAACGCGCUCCGUGAACGCGAGCUGCAGUGUUGUUAUUACAGUCCCUCUAUUUUUCUCGUCCCCCCACCAGAGCUAUAAUCCCCGACACCCCCCUCGGUACAUUUGAAAAUCAAGAUGUAGCCGUGACAGUCUACAGCGAUUAAUGUUGAGCAAGUCUUCAUUCAAGAAAGACUGAAUGGAGUGGAUAUUGCCUUUCAAAUAAGUCAGAUGGGUCAUCAACAUACUAGUCAUUCUUUGUUCAAAAUGAAACAGACAAUUGGGCAAAUCAUUUAUAUACAGCAAAAAUAGUCGAGGCCCUAAAAUAUUGUUCCUUGGGGGAAUGCCACACUUGAGGGUGCAACAUUCUGAAACAUAAACCAUAGACAAGACAUUUCUGAGUAUGAUUAUCCAAAUAGGAGGAAAAACAUUACCCGGUAUGGGUAACACCUGAUAUACUAUAAAGGUGUAAUUUAGACAAUAGCUAGGAUAUCAUGAUCGACUGUGUCAAAUGUUUUCUUUGGUCAAGAAAAGCAACAGCGUUAACGUUACCUAUAUCAAUAUUACAGGCCUCUAAUAAGGCUGUAACUGUUGAAUGGAGCAAAUGGAAUCCGGAUUGGUGCUUAGACAAAAUAUUAUGAUGCGAUAAACUGGCAUAGAGUUGGUAUUAGAUAAUUCUUUCAAAUACUUUGGCAAUUGUAGAGAUAACAGAUGUUGCACGAUAAUUGUCUAUGUCACUUCUUUUGCCACUUACUUGAAUAGAGGGGUAAACCUUGCGGACUUCCAAUCCUCAGGAAAUAUACCAUUAGCUAAAGAACUAUUAAAUGAAGUUGAAAUAAUAUGAGGUGCAAUUAAAUCAGCACAAUCUAUAAUAAGCUGACUCAGGGUUUGAGCUAGGAUUUGAUCACUAGGGGACAAUUUGUCCCCUUGGCUAAAAUUUUGGGGGACAUUUUCAUUUUUAGGGGGACAGAAAUUUGUACACCCUUCCUUCUUAGCAGGGCUUCUGAUAGGUCUCGGACGAAAAAGUCAAAUUUCGCAGGAAUUUUUAGGGACAAAUUCGCAGAAAAAUCGGCCGAUUUCGCGGGACUUUUCGGGGCAAACUUAACCGAAAAGCAAUCGGUAAAAAACGGCCGAUUUUGUGGUUAUUUUCAAGGCAAAUUUCGCUAGAAAUCGAUCGGUUUUGCGCUGAUCAGACCAGCCUUUUUAACGUUUUUCUAACAGAGGUCAUCAUUUGCUCUUUCAACAACAAUACGCUUCAGAAAUGAACCAAUGGCAAAGCCAUGAUGGCUAGUGCCCAGUUUUUCGCAACCUAAUCUGUUUGCACGUUUCAGUGACAAAGUUCCAAGAUAAAUUUGCAAGUUUACGGCAAGUAAAUAGCCCCUAUAGCUGAAAUAAGUUUCAAAUAUGUUGUACAGACAUGUAUUUGAGAAGUUUUCUACCAAAUUUCGCGGUAUUUUUCAUGUUUUUGUGAAUUUCGCGGCUCCGUGACCGUGCGAAAAAUCAGAAGCUCUGUCUUAGAUUUCCAACAAAAAUAGCAGUAGAGCGUGACUGAAACGUAACUUUGGAAUGAACUUUAAAGGUGCGAUAAAAUAUACUCGCUUUCCACGUUCUGUUUCAGCUUGCAACUUCUGUACCGAAAUAAAUCUCUUUGUGUGCUUCCUGUCGAGUUUUUUCCCUAAAUUUUGAAGGGGACAAAUUGUCCCCUUGGCCGUUUUUUAAAGGGACAAUUCCAAUUGCAGUGCGGGAUUGGCGCAAUGGCGCGGCCUGGCUCAAACCCUGCUGACUAUAUAUUCCAUCUGGACCAGCACCUUCAGAUUUAUUAAGGUUUUUAAAAGAGACAACACCUGAUUACUAUCAGUGGGGAUGAAUUUGGAAUCUUUCUUUUUAAAGGCCGGAGAUAUUUAAAUUCCUGAAAAUUGUUUAAAGGUAUUUCGCAAGCCAGUUUCGUGCCAAUUGUGGAGAAGUGAUCAUCGAAAGUGUAUAGAAACUCCAUUCAGACUUAAUUCCUUACCAGACUGACCUGCCGGAUUUAUGAGAAGUAAGCUCAUUUAUGAGCUGCCACGUGUUAUGCAGGUUGCCAUCAGUUUCGCUAAAUUUGUUUUUAUAAAAUAAUUUAAAAGCCUGUUUGAUUUCAGCUUUGACUUUGUUAUGCAUUCUUUUAAAGCAGACCCAAUUGUGCGGAUCAUUGGACCUAAUUGCUUAAAGUGCCUUAUCAGCAGUUAAAAAGGGAUACAAAGUUCUCAAAAAGGUAUGUGAAAGGGGUCGUACCAUAUUUUGUCAAAAGAAGGUGUACGAAAGGGGUACCUUUUCUGUCAGAAUGGUAUUUCAAAGGGUUUAUAGGGGUUGGACAUCAAGGUGAAGCCUCCCAUAGAACUUUGUUGAGUACUCCCUCCCCUGGGGGCAAUCCAUGGUGUUGUUGUAGUAAUUUGCAUGGCUUCAAAAUAGGUUUAUUAUCUCAUAUUUUGAUGUCAUCUUUACCAUCUUUUUAUUAUUUUCAGGAUUUAUGCCAGUUGAAUAUUAAACACAUACAAUAAGUUAGAUGAUGUGAAGCUAUUUCAAAGGAGAAGGUAAUUUAGCUGAGUUUAUUAAAUUGAUAAUGAUUGCAGUAAAAUGGCAAAGGGAGUUAACAUUGUAAGCUUUAAAGCUAUCUUGCAUCACUAGAGUAUUACCAUACCUCACAUUUGAUUUAGAUGCACUCAUUGAUAUACUAUUGAUUACAGUACACAGUCAGUAGAAUGGUACAGGCCAGAAACUGUUAACUUUCCAAACAUUUCUAUUGCCUUAAUCACUAUUUGUUUGAACCUCAUGGUACAGUCAAACCUUUGCUAGUAAUAAUUAUUGGCCUCUCCUCUAAACAUAGAGACUUAAUCAUGGCCCCAGUCAUUAAUAUUAAAGAGUGGAAUUAUGGUCGGGAAUCUCUCAUAAAUUGCUUGGUCACUGCAGACACUUACAAACACUGCAUAUUGACCUUUGUGAAAUGGACCCCUUUCCAUAGCAAGGACUUAAUGUGGACCCAGGAAUUUACAAACACUGUUUGCAUAUUUUGACCUUUGUGAAGUGGAUGGACACCUCUUCUAAAAGUGGACACUAACUGGUCAUGGACUACAAACUCUGCAUUUGACCUUUGUCACUGAAAGAGGCAAACAUCUCAAUCUUUAAUUACCUGUAGGUGGACACAUCUCCUGCAUGGUCACUGUACAGUGGUGUCCACUAAUAUAAUAAGAGGUUUGACCCUUAAAAUAAAGCUGUAGUGACAUAAAGGUAAUUUAUUAAUUAAAAAAAGUUGUUGGAGUCAUUUACGGUAAUGUGGUGAUCUUAUUAAAUUAAAUUUACACUCUUUAGGGAAAUCUUUAACUGAGACUCAAUGGCACAGCAUCAAGACCUUAAAAGAAAAGGAGGUGCUGAUCCUGAUCAUCAGAUGUCAAGAAAUCAUGCCCCUCCUCCCCCUCUAAGUAUUGAAGUGCCUAAAAUGAGUGAUCUUCCAGACAAGUCAAACCCUUGGAGUGAUGUCCAGCUUCCUGUUGACAUUCUUUUGUUGACAGUAGAAGACUGCGAGUUUUUAGCCUGUUAUGCUUUCUUGAAAAAUUCUUUUAAAAGUUAUGACCAGAAUCUGGGAUUCGUGUACUUUGGGACCAUGGGUGAAACUGGAGAAGAGGCACUGAAAGUUGCUUUAAUGAAAUGUCACAAAGGUUCUUCUGGUCCAGGUGGCUCUCAAAAUGUUAUUAAAAAUGCCGUGAUGCAACUGAGACCCAAGGCUGCUUUUUUGGUUGGCAGCUGCCAGGGUAUAAACCCAGAACGCACCAAACGAGGAGAUGUAGUGGUAUCCUCUAAACUUUCAACUGAACAAUUCACAACUCCAGUAAGAAGAAAUAUUGGCAACCUUAUCUUGUUUUCAGCUGGUGGCUGGAAUCCACCAUUAAAAGAUCCAGUAGGUGAAAAAACAGUACAGGUACACCGUGACAGUGACAUAUUCAGUGGUAGUCAAUUUAUCACCAAACAACGCCGUAUGUCUCAAUCUCGCGUGAUUGCAGUUGAAACAGAAGGGGAAGGUAAGAUUAUAUACAUAUUUAACUAUUACAACAAUUUGAUGUAGCAUUUAAUUUGAGGUCUAGAGCAGAACUCUAAAUAAAUUGUCCUUUUCAACAACUGAGCUUAUAUGACCAUGGAAAAUCACAGUACUUUAUUGGUUUGUUGACCACGGUUGGCAAUUUUGUCAGAUCAAUUAUAGGGUGCAAACAAGUCUCUUAUGAUAUUAAUAAUUCAUACGUCAACCAAUAUGUGUUUACAUUAAAAUAUUUUGGAGAAGUACUAGUUCACAAGUUAAAUAUUUUGCAGGGGAACAUAAAUUAAGCUUAUUAAAACACAAUAAAAUUUAGUCAUUACACUGUAGAGAAAAAUUUACAGUUUUGCUAGAUCCUUUCAUGUUGACAAAAAGGAUUGGACAAAGCUUUUAAUUAAGAGCCAAUUAGGCUGCAAAGAAUCAUCUUUUAUUGGUCUCUUUUUCUACUACUUACAGGACUGUUUGCUGCAGCUCAUGAUAUGAACAUUGAAUGGGUGAUUGUUAAAGGGAUAUCACAUUUUUCUGAUGAUAGCAACACUUCUGAUGACUCCUGGAAGUCAUUUGCUUCCAUCAUGGCAGCUUCUGUUGUGUCCAACAUGUUAAAUAAUCCAGUUGUUUUUAAAGAAUGGCCUCACUAUAAAGGUAAAUUGUGACAUCCCUGUUCUAAUUAGUGAUAAUGAAUAAAUUAUUAAUAGUGAUGAAUUUUCUGUUCAGAUAAUUAUUUUUAUGUCGGCUGGUUCAAUAUUAUCCUUGAAAACGCGAUUGUCAAACCACGGCCUGCAAAUAUCAGUAGAUGGAGUGACUUUCCACCAAAAGCAUACUGCAUAAGUUUUGUUGAGUUCAUUAAAUAACGAGAAUAAACACCUCCUAUCUAUUAAAUGCCCCUAAUGGUUCAAGUUUUUCUCUGUUUGAAACUCAAAUACAUACAUUAAUAUUAAAAUACCAAAUAACAAAGGCCAAAAGUAAAAUUUGUUUUGAGGUGUUUUCAAAUUUAUAACACUUUUUUUCUUCACAGACUUGACAGCAAAGAAUCAGCCAGGCAAACAGAUGCCAGGUACUAUUCCAUCAAUGUAAUAACACUAUAAAUCCAGGAGUUUUUCCAGAUUAAAUGAUUGAACACUGGUUUCACUAAUAUAAACAUUAAUAUCUUUUAAUGUUGUUUGUCACAUCUGAGCCCUCUUGCACUUUUUUUAUUUACAAAUAAUAUGGCAAUAAGACAGGUCUUUGCAAAGAGAGCAGUCUCUUUUUGUCUGAUAUUUAAUCCCUUCCCCCCCUCCCCCCCCCCCCCCAAAAAAAACAUUUGCUGACAAAUGCCGUUUGAAAAAGGCCGCUUUAGGGUCAGUAUCUGGCCAAAAAGAACCAAAACUGCCCAAAAAUACUGUAUUUCCUCGAAUAACAACCAGGGCAAUUAUUUCUUUUUUUGCCUCAAAAGGGGGUAAUUAUUCGAGGGAGGCGAUUAUUUCAAAUAUUCCUCACUGGAAGUCGUACCCUAAAUAUUUUGUUUUAUUAUCCCAUUAAAUAAAAAAAUUAUCACGUCCGAAUAAACUGAAUAUAAAUGACCGGCUUUUAAAGUGUUUCAAAUUUGGUUCAUUGAUUGUAAUUUUGAGAGCUUGAAUUGUCACUGAUCAGUUUUGCUGGAUCAGAUUCCACUUCAACUUGACAGGAAGAGGAUAAAAGAAAGUGAAGAUGGGAAGAGGGGUGGGGAGGGGGGUGAUUAUUCGAGGGAGGUGAUUAUUUUAAAUAUUUCCAUCAAACGGGGGCGAUUAUUCGAGGGAACACUAUUAUUCAAGGAAAUACGGUACUUUAAAUUGAACACCAUGCUGCCUUUGGUUCCUUAUGCUAAUUAAUGUCAGUUUUGUUUUGAAGAGUGACACAAACCACUCAAUUUUUCCCUUUUAGCUUCCUUGCAUCAUGUUUUCCCUUUAAUGUUGGACAUAAACUAAGGCUUCAUUUUGGUGAGACAGACAUUGUUUUAAGUGAAACAAGAUUCCCUUAUCUUCUUGAAAACCUACUCGUCUUUGUUUCAGUUGUCUUUGAGUUAUGUGUAAAGGUCUCUAUUAAUUUAUGAAUUGCCCAAUUUAAUUGAAAUUAAAGUGAUGUGGCGGAAGGGGUCCACUCCCAAACUUUCCGCUGGUAUAGUAUAUUCUAUUGUCAUCCACCAAACCCCACUAAAAAGAUUAUAAAAGGAACGAUCACUAAGACUUGCUUGCUGAUUUAAAUCCACUGGACAAUAUCAAAUUAAUGAUCACUGGGUCAUUCCUGGUGCUGUUUCCUUUCAUUAAUUUGUAUUAUUUUAUUCAUGAUAUUUCUGCAAAUUGACUGUCCACCCCUCUUGUAAAAAAAUAGACAGUUAUUAAAAAAUUCUUCUUGGAAAUGAUAAAAAAUUCUUGAUAAUAGAUUCUGUAUGCCUUGAGGAGUGCCAGAAACAGCUGCGAUCACUUUAUGAAACCAGUAGUAAAGUCAGAAUCAUUCCAUGGGACCAGAACUCUGCUGUUGAUAUUGACAAGAUCUACACAGACUUGUCUUGGGUCAUGGAUGACAGGACACCCAGGGGAGUGAUACAAGAAGAGCUUGACCACUACACUGAGAUUUUUGCUCACAGAGAACCUCGUCGUGCACCCAAGCGAAUUUUGGUUUAUGGACAACCAGGUAAGUGAGCGAAUGAGGUAAAAAAUUUAAUUGUCUUAAUUUAACUGACAGAGGAUAAAAUAUAAGUACAUGCAAAAGUCACAUACAAUAACAGUAACACAGAAACCAUUGGUCCACUCGCAUUAAAUUAAUCGACACAAGGUGUUAGCAAAUGCAUUGUAUCAGCUAGUGAUGUGCAGGUUUCUUGAGUGGUUUGCUGACAUAUUGUACAUUCCAAGUGGGUAUAGAUUGUUACCAGUGCAUGCAUGCUGUCAAACCAAAUGAAACGUUUGGUCUGUUGCUGUUAUAAAUGAAAUAAAAGGUAAAAAACAAAGUUUUUCUGUUAAUCAGUCUGAUAAUAAACAAUAUAUUUAUUGGCUUUACAGCAAUCAUGACAUACCCUCUAGGCUCCAAUAGUGUUGUAAUAAUAGUUAAAAUAUUGUGACUCAAUUUUAUCUAAAAAUUCAAGUUUAUUUAAUGCCGAGAGGGAAAAGAAUAAAACCAAAAAAAAAUCUUCCAAGGAUAAAAUCACACCAAAAGCUUCACAAUCGACUGAUGACUGGCAGUUUGGCCCAGUUGGUUGAAGGCUGAUCAGCGCUUGCAACCUCAGGGGUUAAAUUUUUUCUGGAUCCGCCACUGUUAACCUGGGUUUCUUUUUGUUUUUAAUUAUCAAAAGCAUUUUCUUGGAUUUUUCUCUACUCUUUUUAGAUGAUCUAAUCAUCACAUUUUAGAUAAAAAGAUUUAAACUGAAAUUUGGUGUUUGAGCUUUCAUAUCCGAAUUCAAAUUUUGCACUAACCCUGGGUUAUCUUAACCCAGCCUUGAACAACUGGGCCCUAAAUAGCUAGUCUGGGUAUUUCACAGUUUUAUGAAGGAUUUAUUUCCAUUGUCUUCAUCAUGAAUAAUUUUGAAUAUUAAAUUAAUGAGAUACCAUUUUUGAUGAAUAUAACUCGCGUCUCUAAUCAAAGCUAAAAAAUUCCAAAAUGCCCCCUUAGAGGAAGGGAAACAUCUUUAAAGGCCACCGAUAUCUUGCUCACUCUGCAUAUGAUAUGAAAAGUUUAAACAUAAUUCCGUUAAAAAAAUAAUAGAAUAAAUAAUUUCUCUUCAAGUUUUAUGAAAAUUAUCAAUUGAAAUUUCAAUAUUAUAGAUUCCACUUCACGUGACUUCACAUAAUAAAAGUAAAACAAAUCUUUUGACAGUUUGUUGUUAUUGUCACCUAGGUAUCGGCAAGACUGUUUUCACGAAGAAAGCAACUUUUGACUGGUCCCAGCAGAGAUAUUCAGAAACAUUAGGAGCAUUUGAUCUUGUCCUUCUGCUGAGAUUACGUGAUGUUAGUAAUCUCCAAGAUGUUCCGUCCAUUCUGGGGGCUUGUGAAGUGCUGGAUAGUAAUGGUACAGUUUCUGUACACAACCUGUUUGAUUACGUUUGUCGCCAUCAAGAAAAAGUCUUGCUUAUCUUGGACGGCUACGACGAAUAUGUUUACAGUUCAAAAAACGAGUCGCCUGUUUUCAAAAUCUGGAAAAAAAGCCAAUUAAGAGAUUGUUGUGUUGUAAUUACUUCAAGAGAAAUGAAAGCUGAGACGUUAAGAAAUUUUAGUGAUGCUCAAUUCAAAAUUGACGGCUUUAAUUAUCAGCGCCAAGUAGAGUUCGCCCGUAGAUUUUUGACAGAUAAUAAAGAUAUUCAAGAGUUUUUUAUGUACUUACGGCAGCACAACCUAAGUGGACUAGCACAAAUUCCCCUACUGCUCUUAAUGUUGUGCUUGCUCUGGACGAAAACAACACGCGAAGAACUACCAAAGGAACGCGCAGACAUCUUCGCCCAGUUCAUGACGACCAUGUUUGAUCACAUGUGUGAAAAAAAGUCUGCUGAAGAAUCGGUUUCUGCCAAAGAUUACUCCGAUGAAUUACACGCAUUAGGACGCUUGGCCUUUGAAGCCCUUUUGCAAGGCCAGCUUUAUUUCCCUGUUAGUCAGUUACCUGCUGGCUACAGUUUGAUCGAGAGGCUGAUUGAAGUCGGCCUUUUUCAGGUUUUAAAUAUGGCGAGUUUGAAUCGUGAAAAAGGCGUGUACUUUAUUCACAAAUCCGUACAAGAAUACCUGGCUGGGAAUUUCCUGAAAGAAGAGCUGACAUCUAAAAAGGCUGAAAGUACAAACUCCCUCUUAAAGUUGGACUCAGUUGAAAAGAUCCGAGAGAUGAUGGAGGUUUUAAAAUUUGCUGUUCAGUUGUCAGAAGAAGCCGGGCGCGAGAUUGUGAUUCACCUUGGAAUGAAGAGCGGACUAAAAGAGUUCAAAUUCGACAACGAAACACCGUCACAGUGGGACUUGUCAGACGAACAAACAGAUUUUAUUAAUCUUUGUAAUCAGUUAUUUUUCUACUGCUCAGCUGAGACAAGAAAAAACCUCUUUCCUACAUUUCUUUCCUCUUUAGGAGGAGUUCUUGUAAUUAAUGUAGAGCAGCUAAAUGUUAUCGUACAGGAAAAAUUAGUUCAAACUACCGAAAAAACACCCAACUACGUUUUUUUUAAUAUCUACAAAUAUACAGAGCAGGACUAUAGUAAUUUAAUCAUUUUAUUACAACAAUUAAACGCAGUUUUUGUUAGCUCUGUAGGAGAAAAGAAAGCAUCAGAAUUUUUAAGCAACUUAACAUGGCGUUGGAUUGAUGAUUUUUUUUUAAAGAAAGAAGAAAACAACACUCACCUUUAUUUAGCUAAAAUUGUUAAAUAUGAAGAUAUAAUUAAGGCGCUUAUUAGUAAACAAGAGACAACAAAGAAGACAAACAUGAAUGGUGAUGAGUCAAGUGAAGAGAGCAGCAGCAGCUGUUGUUCAAAGCGUCAUGGUCUCUCCAGGGUUCGAAGGAUUCAAGCUGAGUAUGUGAACAGGUCAGAAGUGGAACUUAUGAUUGAGAUGAUGCCGUUUAUCACCGCUCCACACGAGAUAGUGGUUGAGGGUAAAUCCUGGGAAGUGUUUGAUGCUGAGGUAACAGAGUCUCUGCUGAGAAGCAUCCAAGUAACACACAAACUGAAGAGAUUAACACUCUGUCGUAUCAAUGUAACAUCAUCACCUGCUGUGGAGUUGUUCAUUAGCAAUGUAUUUAAAAAAGCACCAAACUUGGAGGAGCUCGACAUGUCAUUCAAUCCUCUUCUGGGUGCAGGAGUCGACAGCUUGAUUAAACAUCUCAGCUGCGCUCCUCACCUGUGGUCACUGGAGCUUGUAAGAGUGAAGAUGACUCCACAGCAGGUGAUGGAUCUGUCAUCAGCCAUCAAGCAGCACCGCAACAUCACUGAACUGUUGUCAUCGUACCACGUAAGUUUUCCAAUUUUAUCGCAAUUUGUUUCUUUGUUCUUUGUUUACAGUUUAUUUCUACUCAGCCCUUGCCUUUCGCCAUUUUCCUUUCUUUGUCAUUUUUAUACUCGACAAAGAGGCCCUGCCAAGGGGGGCUCCCAUGUCGCUCGUCUGAAUUUUAAAACGUCUCGUGUCGGUGUUUAUUAAUGCUUCACGUCGCUGUCGGAAAUUGAACGAAAAUAAAUUGUCUUUGUCGGAAUUUUAGAAAAGGGGGAUAGCGAUGGGUUUUAAAGAAACCAUUACAGUUGUGCAAUUUCCCAGUUAACCUUUCGCGUAUAGAACACCUAUACAUCGCCAUUCACAAUUAAGGGUGUGUUCCUUUCUUUGAAUCCAGAAACGGAUUUUGGAUCUUAAAACGGAUUUCGCGUUCCUUUCGGCAAAUCCAAAUUUGGAUUUUUGAUCUGGUGAAUCCUUUUUGAAAAAGGAUUCACAUUGGAUUUGAAAUCCGAAGAAUUCGAAUCCAGAUUAACGGAUUAGUGAUCUACGCUGUUCCAUUCACAGUGGAUUCGAAAUUAGUCAGAUGAUCCAGCUGUACUUCCAGUUGAAGUAUUCCCGUAGAGUUUCCUAAUUGCUGCCAUUUGCCGUAAAACAUCUGAAAACACUGGAAGAUUGUUCAUAGUGGUACAGUAAAAUAUCCAUGUGCUGACCAUUUGUCGCUAAAGAUUGCUUAAAAACACAAAUAAGUAAAAGGGACAAGUAACUGCUAUCUUUCUAGAAACUCGCUUGUGGACGCUAUAGGCACUCGAUCGUGUUACAUAGAAAACCGAGCUACGAAACUGGAUCAAACUGAGCCGACAACCUUUAGAUAAUUUUCAACUUUAACACGCUCCUUUUUUGAGCUGUUUAUGUUCCAUCGUCGUUAUUCGAACUGCCGAUCACAAAAUUCUGCACGGUAUAAUCGCAUAAUUUGUCAAACAGUAGAAAACAUGUCAUUUCUAAAGAGGCUCAGGCUGUCAUGCAUGUUGCACGCGUUUGCGAAAGGUUACCAAGAUCACAAAUCCAAUUUCGGAUUUCACGUUCCUUUCGACCGCGAAAUCCGGCAAAUCUCGGAUCAGAAAUCCGUUUUUGGAGUCGCUUAAAGGAACUCUGUCAGCACAUCCUAGGUGAUCCGCGUUCAAAAUUUUAAGACUAACUGACCUGAUAAAUCGUAUGUGAAGGCCGGUUAACGGUGGUCUACGCUGUGCGGUGGUAAAGUUACCUGGUCCCUGGUCUCUCCACCGUCGUCACCGUCCGACAGAGGUCGACAAGGAUAUGAGAAGUUCAGAAACAAGCAAAGUAUUCACCAUUUUCACAUAGACCAUAAUGCACCUUGUUUACCCCCCAAAACUUUUCAUAACCAUUGUUUUCGAUUUCUCUUGGGACGACUGUAAUACACUGGAGAAUUUGGAAACAUUGGUUAUGCAAAAUUCUGAGGGGGAAAGCAAGGUGCAUUAUGGUCUAUAUGAAAGUAGUGAUUACAAGCAAUGUAAAGCGUGCGUAAAGUUAAGCUAUUUGACGGACAACCUAGUUCCAAGGUCUCCCAGGAGUUGUGCGGGGUUGCGUAAAUGAAGACUACGCGACUGGCCAACGCGACGCGCUCAGGAGGGUCCACUGAAACUCCCUGACGAGAGACAAUCUCUGAAGCGCAAGGAAAAUUGACGAAAAUUACUUCUUCUUGGCAUUCAGACUGGUGAUAAAUUAGCCAAACCACCGUUCUUUGUCGUAUAUUCUCGGCUUUGCCGUCACUGUCGCAAUUUGGUCGAGGGAGGUUGUCGCUUGUCGCCAUUUCAUUUUAGGCUCUGUCGCUACUUUUUGGGUCAUGUCGCUUGUCGGAAUUUACCCUGGCAGGGCCUCGACAAAACACGAAAUUUACUUUUGAAAACAAAUCACAAAUUUUAGCAGAUUCAAAGUAUCAUUUCAAAUUCAUUCCUUUCAAUUGAUUAAACUAAAUCGAAAAAAAAUGUUUUAACCGAGAACAAGUAAAUUAAUCUGAAGGUGUUUUCACUGUGCAAAAUAAUGGAUCAGCGAGCAGAUAUGAAAUUUCUCUUUGAGUCUGGUUCAACUCGAUAUAAGCUCACUUAACAAACUUGUGAUAUAUGUAUUAACACAAAAAUUCCAUAGUAUUAAUUUCUCAAUCAAUUUUAAUUCAUUGCUUUUUAUAAAAUGAUGAAUAACAAGCAUAAAGUGAAAAUAUGUUCUGUUCAUGUUCAAUUCAAACAAACAAAAUUUGCAAAAAUUAAGAGAAAAAAGGUUAACCACUUACAGUUUCACUUUUAUCGCUAAGGUUUUGGUAAAAUCAGCUAAACUCAAGUAAAGUUUCUUUGAGAGUCCAGAAAACGAAGAAGUCUUUUCAGAGCUGUACAUGUCCUUUUGUUUGAAUGUCCCUUGCGUUUCGGUAAAUGCUUGUCCUCCGCCGUGAAUAAUCUCACUGUAGCGUAGGUUUUUGAAAUAGCGUUACACAAAAAAUAUAAUUCCUCUGAGACACUUUGGUUGAAAUUUAACACCAUACAUUUAAUCACUGGUAAAGGCACUCCUCUAUGGUACAGGCUGUCUAUUUUUGUCGGUUACUUGUUUUCCAGUUUUAGGACGAACACAACAAAUCCUGCCUCACUUCGUGUCUUGUAUGAAUGAGUUGAAGUUCAUAAAUGUAGUUUCCUUUAACUUGCGCAAAUCCUUUGACAAAUUCCCGAGUACACAAGACGAAUUUUUCUCUUAACUGGCGUUUUACGGUGUUUUCUCAUUCUUUUUGUGUCCAUCUUGAGUAUUUUUGCGUUGAAAGUUUUCUUUUGAUGAGCAAACUCAACUGAAGUGAACAACAAACUACAAAAUCAACAAACUGUCAUUCAAAGUGGCGUGAGAGAAGGCUUGUGACGUGGCGACAGCUGAUUGGUUAUAUAACUACCCACGUGGUAGAAUUUUCCCGCCUUUUGUUUGGUAGCGCAGCAAGCGUUUCUUCAGACGAGACGCAGGUUUUUUUGCGCCUCCCCUCCCAACCUAGCCUGAAAUUCAUCCGAUUGCUUCGAGUCGUUUUCUCCUCUCAAGUAAUAACGACUCGAGGUAAUCGGAUGAAAUUCAGGCUACUCCCAACCCCCACUAAGGAGAAACCGAUCUGUGACAAUUUUAUCAGACCAAGAGUUAAUAGAAGAAAGGGCUCCAAGGGUUCAAUAAUUCGCACAUUUUUAGAGUAUAUUAUUUGAUUUUGCUGUUUUAAAAGUCUUGCAUGCAAAUUUUAGGGGUUGAAAAGUAGAAUGUGGUCUUUAAGCUGCGAGCACCUUUAGAGGUGUGUCCAAGAAGUCAGAUGCAUUUUUUUGUUGGUUUUGUCGUUUCCCCUUCUUUUUCAUAUUUUUAACUCCUUUUUGCAACAGAACUUUAGUUCGUGAGGCCGUUGCUUUUUCUGUAUGUAGGUAAUUUCUAAUCACUAUUAAACGGCACAAAAAUUCGGAAAUUUGGGGUUGACAAGGAAAAAUCUGGAACGUCUUGCCCAGCAACCUAAAGGCUGGUUUACACUAGAGAAGGAGUCGGAAUUGGAGUCGUAAGAUCGCUUAUGACCUAGUGAAAAUCAAAAAUCGGAGUCGUAAGCGGAGUAACCUGAGAUCAGGCUCUGUUUUCGUUUCGCUUUGAAAAUUAUAUUCGGGCGGGCAAGGCGAUUUUUUUAGCGGUAGCCGUUAGAGAGAAUGCCUGAGAACCGCUAAAAUUGGGCCUGAUCUCAGGUUAUAAACGGAGUCAUAAGCGCGCCGGAAUCGGAGUCAAAAGAAUUAGAGUGUUUCCAUUUCUCCCGACUCCGCUUACGUUCCGCUUAUGAUCUAGUGAAAACCAGUUUGUCGGAAUCGGAAGCAGAAGCAGAAGGAUAAGCCAAUCCCGAUGCACGUUUUCACGCUUUGUGAUUGGUUUGGUUCUUCCGCUUCUGCUUCCGACUCUGACAAUCUGGUUUUCACUAGAUCAUAAGCGAAACUAAGCGGAAUCGGAACGCUGUUUUCACUAGAUCAUAAGCUCUACACUUUUGAUUACGACUCCAACUCCGACUCUGUCGCUAGUGAAAAGCAGCCUAAAUUUUGAGACACUCACUAGAAAGUUUUUUAGCGCAGCGGCACUCGCAAGACCAUUCAGGACGAAAUUACUGUUUAGGGCAUGCGGAUUUUAAGACUUUGAACUAAAUAAGGUCUCGGAACGGAUUGCAAAAUGAGCAAGAUCUCUUGUUUAGUCCCAAAUAUAACUAAAUUAAAGAAGCAAAACGUCUUUGUCGCAAGCAGAAAUGUAUAUAGUACUAGUUUGACUAGUUUUGUAGAAAUGACCUCUUUUCGGGGUGGAUCAGCUUGAGCUUUACUCAGAGUGGUCUUUAAGCCCCAAGAGUGAUCAACAUGAAUUUUCUCUUCACAAUAUCAAAACAUCAUCAAAAGAAAAGGUUAGGAGAAGUAGUAAACUGUUGAACAAAGCAGAAAUACUUCGAUCUUUUAUCAAGUUUUCUCGACUAAUUCUAUAAGGCAAUGUAUGGACACUAGUGUGGAGAAUUUGUAUUUGGAUAUUGGGGCUUAAUGGGUUAAGGGUAACAUUCUAGUUGUCCGAUGAGCAUACAUGACACGUCCUCAUCACACAGUAGUCAUCCCCUGGGGUUAUUUUUACCCCUUAAUUUCUUAUCACUUAAAGAAAGAUUUCAAGAUCUAGACUCACACUUUCGAUCUUUUAAACGUUGCUUUAAAAGUUGAAUGGUGUUUGUGUUAUUUUGUGAUUUGUUGUAGGAUGGUAAAGGAAACCCCAAGCCUGAACAUAAAUGGCCAUCAGAAGACUUUUGGAAAAGGCGGUACCCCAGUCUCUUUUCUCACUCAUCAAAUGAAUCACAGCCGCAAAAGCAACAGGUU